GUGGCCCCGCCCCGGCGCGCGCCCCGCCGCGUGCCCACCCCCGCGCGACUGCUGCAUCCUACGCUCGCUUAACCACAGACAGUCUGCCGAGCGGGUGCUAGAACCCCGGCGCCGCGGAGCUCGUCGUGGGGCUCCUGGGCCGCGGCGGCGGGCAGGCGAUGCUCCAGAGGCCUGAGCAGCCAUGGAGGCCGAGACGGGCGGCCUGGAGGAGCUGACGGAUGAGGAGAUGGCGGCUCUGGGCAAGGAGGAGCUGGUGCGGCGCCUGCGGCGGGAGGAGGCGGCGCGCCUGGCGGCUCUGGUGCAGCGCGGCCGCCUCAUGCAGGAGGUGAAUCGGCAGCUACAGGGUCAUCUGGGCGAGAUCCGCGAGCUCAAGCAGCUUAACCGGCGCCUACAAGCCGAGAACCGCGAGCUGCGCGACCUCUGCUGCUUCCUGGACUCGGAGCGCCAGCGCGGGCGGCGCGCCGCGCGCCAGUGGCAGCUCUUCGGAACCCAAGCAUCCCGAGCCGUGCGCGAGGACCUAGGCGGUUGUUGGCAGAAGCUGGCGGAGCUGGAGGGCCGCCAGGAGGAGCUGCUGCGGGAGAACCUGGCGCUUAAGGAGCUCUGCCUGGCGCUGGGCGAGGAGUGGGGCCCCCGCGGCGGCCCCGGCGGCUCGGGGGGCUCAGGCGCUGCGCCAACACCCGAGCUGGCUUUGCCCCCGUGCGGUCCCCGUGACCUGGGCGAUGGAAGCUCCAGUACCGGCAGCGUGGGCAGUCCCGAUCAGUUGCCUCUGGCCUGUUCCCCAGAUGAUUGAGGGUACAGCUUCCCGCCGACGCCCGCCAGGAUUGGUCCCCAAGCGCCGGGAUUGCAGUGAACUUCGGGACUCGAACGCCGCCCCGGCUGCGCACGAGGGGCCGCUUGCAUGGACUUAGAAAACCCUGACGCUGAGGAGGGCCCCUGGCUCUCGCUGGCGGGGCAGCAGGGGACUGGAGGCUGGAGCGGAGGGACUUGCUGGAGGCUGGGUGGGGGCUAAUAAACUGAGAAGGAAGCAGA